AUGGGUAAGCGUUCCCCUUAUGAUGUCAGCAAGACAUGCAUCUCGGAGUACGUAUAUAAUGAACGAUCCAAUACUAGUUACUCAUUCGUUAGUUUGUGUUCAAGACGAAAACUAAACACCAUGCUUAAAUACGUGACCGUUUUAUACUUAGUAGCGACCCUAUGCGCUGGCGCUCCACAAAAUCCCCAAGAUGUCCAAAUCCUCCGAUUCGACAGUGAUGUACAGCCAGAUGGAUACAGCUUUGCAUAUGAAACAAGUGACGGCACAUCCAGACAAGAGGAAGGCAAGUUAGACAACCCUCAAUCCGAGAACGCGGCCCUCACAGUUACUGGACAAUACUCCUACGUCACACCUGACGGCAAACACUACACAGUGACAUUCACAGCUGGACCCAACGGCUUCCAACCCAAGACAUCUCUGGGACAGAAGUAA